ACUCAGUCUGGUCGGCUCCUUGCGCUCGGCGGCCGCGGCGGCAGCAGCAGACGUUGGCGGCCGAGCUGCUAGGGGCAGUUCCGCCGGGUUUUACCGUCCAAGACUUCCUUCGGGGCACCCCAGGCAGCAAACCAAGAUGGAGUAUGAGUGGAAACCUGACGAGCAAGGGCUUCAGCAAAUCCUGCAGCUGCUGAAGGAGUCCCAGUCCCCAGACACCACCAUUCAGAGAACGGUGCAACAAAAACUGGAACAACUCAAUCAAUACCCAGAUUUUAACAACUACCUGAUUUUUGUUCUCACAAAAUUAAAAUCUGAAGAUGAACCCACAAGAUCAUUGAGUGGUCUUAUCUUGAAGAAUAAUGUGAAAGCACAUUUUCAAAACUUUCCAAAUGGUGUAACAGACUUUAUUAAAAGUGAAUGUUUAAACAAUAUUGGUGACUCCUCUCCUCUGAUUCGAGCUACUGUAGGUAUUUUGAUUACAACCAUAGCCUCCAAGGGAGAAUUGCAGAAUUGGCCUGACCUCUUACCAAAACUGUGUAGCUUGUUGGAUUCUGAAGAUUACAACACCUGUGAAGGAGCAUUUGGUGCCCUUCAGAAGAUAUGUGAAGAUUCUGCUGAGAUUUUAGAUAGCGAUGUUUUAGAUCGUCCUCUCAACAUCAUGAUUCCCAAAUUUUUACAGUUCUUCAAGCAUAGUAGUCCAAAAAUAAGGUCUCACGCUGUUGCAUGUGUCAAUCAAUUUAUUAUCAGUAGGACUCAAGCUCUGAUGUUGCACAUUGAUUCUUUUAUUGAGAAUCUUUUUGCAUUGGCUGGUGAUGAAGAACCAGAGGUACGGAAAAAUGUAUGCCGGGCACUUGUGAUGUUGCUUGAAGUUCGAAUGGACCGCCUGCUUCCUCACAUGCAUAAUAUAGUCGAGUACAUGCUACAGAGGACCCAAGAUCAAGAUGAAAAUGUGGCUUUAGAAGCCUGUGAAUUUUGGCUCACUUUGGCUGAACAGCCAAUAUGCAAAGAUGUACUCAUAAGGCAUCUUCCUAAGUUGAUUCCUGUGUUAGUGAAUGGUAUGAAGUACUCAGAUAUAGAUAUUAUCCUUCUUAAGGGUGAUGUUGAAGAAGAUGAAACAAUUCCUGAUAGUGAACAGGAUAUAAGGCCACGUUUUCAUCGGUCAAGGACAGUGGCUCAGCAGCAUGAUGAAGAUGGGAUUGAAGAAGAAGAUGAUGAUGAUGAUGAAAUUGAUGAUGACGAUACAAUUUCUGACUGGAAUCUAAGAAAAUGUUCUGCUGCUGCCCUGGAUGUUCUCGCAAAUGUGUAUCGCGAUGAGCUACUGCCACAUAUUUUGCCCCUCCUGAAAGAAUUACUUUUUCAUCAUGAAUGGGUUGUUAAAGAAUCAGGCAUCCUGGUUUUAGGAGCAAUUGCUGAAGGUUGCAUGCAGGGCAUGAUUCCAUACCUGCCUGAGCUCAUUCCUCACCUUAUUCAGUGCCUCUCUGAUAAAAAGGCUCUUGUGCGUUCCAUAACGUGCUGGACUCUUAGCCGCUAUGCACACUGGGUAGUCAGCCAGCCACCAGACACAUACCUGAAGCCAUUAAUGACAGAAUUGCUAAAACGUAUCCUGGAUAGCAACAAGAGAGUACAAGAAGCUGCCUGCAGUGCCUUUGCUACCCUAGAAGAGGAGGCUUGUACAGAACUUGUUCCUUACCUUGCUUAUAUACUUGAUACCUUGGUCUUCGCAUUUAGUAAAUACCAGCAUAAGAACCUACUUAUUCUUUAUGAUGCCAUAGGAACAUUAGCAGAUUCAGUAGGACAUCAUUUAAACAAACCAGAAUAUAUUCAGAUGCUAAUGCCUCCACUGAUCCAGAAAUGGAACAUGUUAAAGGAUGAAGAUAAAGAUCUGUUCCCUUUACUUGAGUGCCUAUCAUCCGUUGCCACAGCCCUGCAGUCUGGCUUUCUUCCUUACUGUGAACCUGUAUAUCAGCGUUGUGUAAACCUAGUACAGAAGACUCUUGCACAAGCCAUGCUGAACAAUGCUCAACCAGAUCAGUAUGAAGCUCCAGAUAAAGAUUUUAUGAUAGUGGCUCUUGAUUUACUCAGUGGCCUGGCAGAAGGACUUGGAGGCAACAUUGAACAGCUGGUAGCCAGAAGUAACAUCCUCACACUAAUGUAUCAAUGCAUGCAGGAUAAAAUGCCAGAAGUUCGACAGAGUUCUUUUGCUCUAUUAGGUGACCUGACAAAAGCCUGUUUUCAGCAUGUUAAGCCUUGUAUAGCCGAUUUCAUGCCAAUAUUGGGAACCAACCUAAAUCCAGAAUUUAUUUCAGUGUGCAACAAUGCCACAUGGGCAAUUGGAGAAAUCUCCAUUCAAAUGGGUAUAGAGAUGCAGCCUUAUAUUCCUAUGGUGUUGCACCAGCUUGUAGAAAUUAUUAACAGACCCAACACACCAAAGACGUUGUUAGAGAAUACAGCAAUAACAAUUGGUCGUCUUGGUUACGUUUGUCCUCAAGAGGUGGCCCCCAUGCUACAGCAGUUUAUAAGACCCUGGUGCACCUCUCUGAGGAACAUAAGAGACAAUGAGGAAAAGGAUUCAGCAUUCCGCGGGAUUUGUACCAUGAUCAGUGUGAAUCCCAGUGGUGUAAUCCAAGAUUUUAUAUUUUUUUGUGAUGCUGUUGCAUCAUGGAUUAACCCAAAAGAUGAUCUCAGAGACAUGUUCUGUAAGAUCCUUCAUGGAUUUAAAAAUCAAGUUGGGGAUGAAAAUUGGAGGCGUUUCUCUGACCAGUUUCCUCUUCCUUUAAAAGAGCGUCUUGCAGCUUUUUACGGUGUUUAAUAUAAUACACUUAAGCUGCAGUUACAAAAUUAGGGGUCCUUUGGUCUUGGAGACUAUGAGGGAGCCUCUGCACCCAGGGAAAAUGUUACCCUUUACAGGGGGGAAGGGUAAACCAGUAGGGAAUACAGUACAAUCCCAACCCUACUGGGAGGGGCGGGAGGGAGGUGUUGCCGUCACUGUAUUAAGUCGAUGUUUGGAAACGUUUUAACAUCUGGAGCCUUUGUGGGUGGAAAUCUGUCUCCAAUUACUCCGCACUGGAUGUGAAGAAGCAAAAAACAAAUAUAUAUAUAUAUAUUCAGUCUACUCACAAAACAGUACAUUCUGGAAUAUUAUGGGGAAUUGUACCAAAACAAGAACCGUAUGAAUAAUGCAUAGGGAUAAGAAAGGAAAAAUUAUAUAGUGCACAAUAAAGGAAACCUAAGAAUGGGGGUUACAGACAGUAAAGAAGAAUUUUUGGUUUUUAAUUUAAGGUUUUUAUAUAAAUUUUCCCACAUAGUGGGGCCUUUUUUUGCAUGCUGAUGAGAACUACACAAAUGAAGCAAAUAGAGGUAAAAUCAGCUUGCCUUCCCAUAGAAGCAGGUUCUUGGAAGUUACAAUUUAAGGUACCCCCCAAAAAAAUUGGAAAUAAAACAAACUAAUUUAAACAAUGAAGCACCCUGUGAAAUGCCAAAUGAGUCACUCCUUUUACCUUUGUGGGAUGGGCAGGGAGGGAGGAAUAAAGGGUUGGGCAUAUCAAACUAAAGAUGACAUCUUAAUUUUGCAUUAAAAGCAUUAAUGUAGUGGAUAUAAUUUGAUGGUUGUACUUCAUUAGAUUUAAUUUCUAGGCCAAGAUGUUACUUUUAAAGUGCAGUUUAAGGUUCAGGCAUGCAUUCCGGCUCAAUAGUGAUUGAAAGUAAUUUAAACUAGUGGGAAAGUAGCAUGCUUGCAUCACAUAGAGUGAGGUCGAUAUUCAUUUACCUAUGUUGCGCCAGUUUGUGUUGCAGUUUACCAAUUCGAUAUAGCCCUGCAUUUAAAAUUCCUUUUUAAGAUUUGUGGAUUUUAUUUUUUAAUUAAGAAUAUAGAUAUAUAAAGUACUGUAGUUUACAGCUAGGCCUUGAAAUACCUUUUUAGGAUCUGUUAGGAAUAAGAUUGAUAUUGUAUCGUGUGUAACCUGCACAAUGUGGAAAGCUGAUAUACCUGUGCAAAAUCUUUGCCUCUGUGCUGUCAGUGUGAUGUGCUUUCUGCAUGGUUAUAUACUACUAGUGAUUUUAUCAAAACUUCUAAAAUUUAAAUUACAUGGUAAAAGAUCUGUAAAAGGCUGCAUAAAUGUUAGUUGGCACAUAAAAACAAUUGUAGAAGUUGAAAAUGAUUGCUAUAUUUCAAUGUUUAUUCCCACUCAACAUAAUGCCUUCUAAGCUUUCUUUUCUUUUUUUUUCUUUUUCUUUUUUUUUUUUCUGUUUUUGUUCAAAGCAUGAUCUUAAAGAUAUGUUUAAGUUAAUGGACGUAACGCAGGGUUCCUACACUGUAUUGGCGCAUGUUGGUGGCCCUUUGUGCCCUAGAUAUAUGCACACAGGGUGCAAGUUAAAAGCUACAGAGUGAAAGUUGAUUUGGAUCCUCUUCAUUUCAUUUGUUUAGCUUUUCUGUUAUUUUUCUCUACUUACAUGUAUUCCUGUGAAUAAAUCCUUGUUAAGUUAACCCUUUACUUUUCUUUCCAUGUGUAUUUUCUUAUAUACUGUGAAUGUGAAAACCUAACUGGUACACUUGAUCUUGUGUCCAUAUGAAAGUGCAAGUCUUUAUUAAUUUGGAUUGCCUGAACAGUGUAUCCCAUGAUGAUGAAGGAAAAUGGAGAGAUUUUUCUUUUUAACUCUGCUGGUCAGAGAUGAAGCCACGCCUUUCCAUUUUUCGAUGCUGCAUAUUUAAUCUGCAACAAAAAUGUUAAGCCAUAACAGCCUUUUUAUAUUUUAGUUUGUCACCUUUGCAUUGCAGAAUAAAUACUGAAUAACCAUUUUUAUAAGCAGUCGCUCCUCUUUGCAUGGUUCUAUUCUCUAAAAGUGUUGAAUGAUACAGCCAUUGCACUGAAGUUUGAGCUGUGUGCGUGUGAAUUUAUAAAUACUGUUUCAGAUAAUUUCAAAUGCAUGGCAGCAUGCAGAAAGGUUUUUGUUAUUGUGCGUAUGGUUUUUUAUUUGUUUGUUUUUUUUUGUUUUUGUUGUUUUUUAACACAUUCUUUCUUCUUUCCUAUACUUUGGCUUUGCAAAUUUCAGUCAGUAGAACUUGAUUUAUAAUGCUAAUUUUUUUUUUAAUUGUAAGUUGGAUUUGAAGGGUCUGUAGCAUUUUGCUUUCUAGUACCAUUGCUUCACUGGGAACUAAAAAUUUGCAUCCCAGUUCUUAAUAGAUUAAUAGAAUAGCUUUUUAUGCAUAAAGUAUAAUGAUAUCCUAUAGUGCUUUAAAUACCUUUUAGAGUUCAAUAUGGGGGAUACUUUAAUAUUCUGAAAUAAGUAGUAAGUGUGUUAAAAUGAAUGAAAUUAUCAAAUUCUUCUCUAAGCACAGUAAAAUGACUACAUACCAACCUUCUAUAAAGUCAUCUGAACUUGCAAUUGAUAAUUCUAUAUUGACUAAAAGUAAUAUUGUCCUUGUCUGAUGAGAAAUUAGUUUCCAGUUAGGCAGAUCUGUAACAUGAAACAUAAUUGUGCCCAUUUUGUAGACAUCAGACCUGUUUUUGUAGGGAAUUUAAUUAUAAAAUAGAAAAUAAAACUAAUAGGACUGGCAACCUGAAAUUGGGUUGGGUUUUUUGUUUUAUUUUUUGUUUUAUUUUUCCCCCUUGAGGUUAUUUUCUUCCUAAUUUAUAUUUCAGAUAUGUAGUAUAUAGCACAGGAAUUUGCAGAAGCCAUUUAAGUUAUCUUUUGAGGUAAGCUCUGAUUUAGCAUUUUUUCUGAUAAAACCUAAUACAUCAUGGGAUAUAUAUAAAGCAACUUAAUUCUUGUGGUGUAGUCUUAAUAGUUUUGAAUGUUGACUGAAUGUCUUUGAAAUUGUGAGUUUGUCUUUGUUACAUUCCAGUGUUUCUGCCUCUUGGCAUGCUUAAAGCACGGCUUACUUCACCUGCUCCUUACACACUAAAAUGCUGUUAGUGUGCUCGACUACAGAAAUAGCCGCUGCUAAGUGAUGUAGAUUUUCUACUUGAAUAUUUUUAUGUUGUAGGAACCUCAGGAGGUCAGUGUUUACUGUUUUAUAUAUGCCUUCUUUUUCCUGUUCGAGCUUCUCUCUUUGAAGGAUUCUAACAGAACAAAAGCUGCUGAUCAACCUAAGUUGGAAACAGAAAGUGUAUUUAAUAUAAUUUAAGUGCAUGUUUGGCAGUUUCAUGUUACGGUCCAUUAGCAAGUGAACUUAGUGCCACAGAUAGUCUUUUUUUUUUUCUUCUUUCUGGAAAGAAUUUUGCUUUUGUAUUGUCUAAUCUCUUUAAUGACUUCAUACUGUGUAAAAAAAAAAAUCACUUUUAUAUGUUUUUUGGUUGGUUAUUUCCCAGGUAAUCAACAUGUAAAUAAUCUUUAAGAGCCAGUUCUGAUGCUUUACAUUGUUGCUACUUGAUUUUGUUACGCAAGUUAGAAUUCAGAAUAGAUUUUAAACACUCAACCAAGCCAUUAUUACAUCUUAAAAACAAAACAAGUAGCAUACAUUUUGUAAUUAACAUAUUGAUAAACACUGUGAUUUUUUUGGUUAAGACUUUUUCAUUGAUCUGAAUUGCUUAAAUUGCAUAUAUUGUAAAAUAGAAUCAGAUGUAUAUUUUAAAAUAAUUUCAACUGACUUUCCUCUUGUAAAGCUUUGUCUACUCAGUUAUAAAUAUUCAGAUACAAGUUUUAUCUCAGGUGAAUACUCUUGUAUCAUUUUUGCUUUGGUGACAUGCUUAUAAAGGGGUCAUAUACUUUAUUUUUUAGUGUAUUUCAUUAAGAACCUUCCUAUUUAGUCUGAUUUUUCCAGUUAUUCUAGCAGACUGGGGUGGUAUAAAGCCGUCCUGACAAGCCUUUUUCAUGCAGAUUUACCUGAAAGUGAGUUAGAUUUGGUCCUCCUUUUUUCCACAUCCUCAAAAAUAGGAAAGUGGAAAAAUUUUCCCCCAGUAUAAAAUUGCCCUGCAUGACUAAAAUGCCAGAAUUAAACUAAUUAUGUCCUAAGCCCCUCUUGUCUAAAUUUAAGUCCUUUGCCAUGAGGAGAAAGGUGAUUUUUUUUUUUUUUUGCUUCCUAUAGUUAAUCUAUAUUAUUCAUAUUGAAUGUAUUAACAGAUAACGGUGCAAAAACAUUCUUCCCAAGAGAAGAGUGUAUCAUGCAUAACUGCGAUUUAAAUCCUUUCUUUGGUAGUACUUUAAAACACAACUUUGCUUAUUUAAUUAUUUUUGCAAAUAAUACAAGGGGAAAACACUAACUAUUGCUACUAUUACUGUUAAUGAAGUGUAGGCUUUGGAAUAUUUAAGAAGACUGUGGUCUUUUGGAUAGCUAAAGGCCUGGGAUAAUCUAGAUGAAAAAUCAGAUAAAUAAUGAGCUGUGUUAAUAUUAUCUAGUGUUAAUACCAUGCAAUAUAAUAGUAUACCGACUUAGUGCAUUUCAUACUGUAUUACAUAUGGAGAUGCUUCUAAUGCCUCUUUAAAUUUAAAUUUUACCCAAGUUUGUUUAAUUCACCUGAAUACUUCACAGGUGACUUGCUUUUUUUUUUUUUUUUUUUUUCCUUUUUUAGUUUUACAUAGGCCUUUCCCCUGUUGGCAUCUACUUCUAUGUAGAUAAUUCUUUAUCCUUUUGCUUGAUUAUUCUGAAUUUUAUUUUUUUUUAAGUACAUUUGAAUUUCCAGCUACUGUGUAUCAUGGUUUGUAUCCCAGAAUGUAUUGUUUUCUUUUUUUUAAAAAAUGCAGAAUAGUUGAAUGUAUGCAUGAGUUUGAGGGAAGUUAAACAUGAUAAUUUUUUAAACCUCUUGUACAUUUUAAAACCAGGCCAACUCUAUUUGCCAAGCAGUAUAUCACUAAUUAGAAAACCAGUAGUUCCCUUAUAUUACGAGUUUUGUUUAUGUAUGAUAGAGUCUUCUUAUACCAUGGCUUGGUAUUAUGCAGAAGUAGCUGUUUUACAGGCCUAAUUUUCUUUCUGAAAGCCCAUGAUAACAUCAUUGGCCUAUAAGGCAAAGUUGGUCCCCUCCUGAUAUAAGCUUCUUAAAGGGUUCAGCUGUACUUUCCUCAUUACUGUUGUUAUCCUUUGUGUGGACAUAUAACCAAAUUAAGCUAGGGUGGUUUUUAUGGAGAUAAUAAUUAGACAAUACUAUAUAAUUCAUUUUACUCAAUAGAUUAUCAUCUUGUGAGAAGAGAUCUUUAAAUGUGGUAAAUGACUUCACUUCAUAUUAUAAAACAGUUUUACACUUAAUAUUCAUGUUAACAUUGGGUGCAAUAAUUUAGUAGUGUUAGCUUUAGUUAUAAAAAACUGGAUCUUUCUGCUGACAACUUAGGUUGUAUGAGUUAUGCUUAAAAGCUUUAAAUCUGAUGUUUCCUAUACUACCACACUAUGUUAGAAUGUGUCCUUCAAACAUAUCCUCCUGCAACUUCUCAAACUGUACUAAAUUGGUAUUUCCUGAAGUCUAACUCUGUGCUAACAGAUCUUCAUUUUAAAUAGAAUACGGUUUUAAUUUUUGAUAAGCUGCUGAAUUUUAAAGAGAGUUUUUUGGGGCCACCAAAUAUUUUGGAUCAUGCAGAGAAUAUAUAUUGUACUGUAGUAAUUUUGUAUUUACAUUUGUAUGAUGUGACAUAAUAGAUGUGAAUGUUAAUCACUGCUUGACUAUGUUAAUAAAGUUGUUUAACUAUA